AUGAUUGCAGUGAAGUUUGUAUACCUCAAGCGGGAAUGGAGAAAUACGGAAGGUCAAGGUUGCCUUGAGAUGAGACUUUGUCAAGAUAGCGCUGGAAGGAAAACAAAGAGUAGGGAUACCAUCCCUCCUCAUCAGCCCCUACUUCAAAGUAUUGUAUGCACUGCAGCGGCUCACAUGGAGCUAGCGGAGGAGUUUAUGAUCUUGGACAACUGA